AGCAGCAGCAGCAGCAGCCCCGCUCCCACCUGCCCGUGACAGAGGCUGGAGCUGCGACCGUCGCGGAGCGGCGUUUGGUGCCCGCGCUCCGGAGCCCCCGCGCCGCGGCCGUGCGGCGCCGCGUCCCGCUCGCCCAUGAGCGCCGCCGCUCUCUACAGCCUGGACUCCCCGGCAUGUUAUAAGAGCUGGUGCCUGGAGCCCGCCAACUUCUACGACGCCAAGGUGGGCAGCGGCGGCGGGCCGGGUCCCGCCUGCAAGCUGGGGGCCCGCGGCGGCUGCGGGAUGAGCGGCGAGGAGGCGGGGGGUGGCCUGGGGGGCAGCGGCACCAACCUGGCGGAGCUGAGCGCCGCCGCCCCCGCCAUGUACGAGGACGAGAGCGCCAUCGACUUCAGCUCCUACAUUGACUCCAUGUCUGCCGUGCCCAACCUGGAGCUCUGCAACGACGAGCUCUUCGCCGACCUCUUCAACAGCAACCACAAGCCAGAGCGGGGCGGGGAAUACGGCGAGUACUUGCCACCGGGCGGCGGAGCCGGCCGCGACCCCGCCAAGGACCUCGGCGCUGCCAUGACCACCCUGCUGGGCUCCGAGCCCCGCACCGCCUCCUCCUCCUCCUCCUCCUCCUCUUCCUCCUCCUCCUUCUCCUCCCGCGGCGCUCUGAAGCAGGAGCCGGACUGGAGCGACAGCGACCUCUCCUCCUCGCUGCUGCCCUCGCAAAUCGCCACCUGCGCCCAGACCAUCAUGAACCUGAGCGGGCAGCCCACGCCGCCCACGUCCCCCGAGCCGCCGGGCAGCAGCUCCCCGUCCAGCUGCAGCACCCGCUCGCCGGGUCCCGCCGCCGCCGCCGUGCCCGGGCCGCCUCAGGGCGUCCCGCCGGCCGCCGCCGCCGGGGGCAAGGAGCGGGGCGGCAAGAAGUGCGUGGACAGGUUUAGCCCCGAGUACCGGCAGCGCCGGGAGCGCAACAACAUCGCCGUGCGCAAGAGCCGCGACAAGGCGAAGCGGCGCAACCAGGAGAUGCAGCAGAAGCUGCUGGAGCUUUCGGCCGAGAACGAGAAGCUGCACAAGAAGAUCGAGCAGCUCACCCGGGACUUGACCAGCCUCCGGCACUUCUUCAAGCAGCUGCCCAGCGCCUCCUUUCUGCAGGCCGGCUCGGGCACCGACUGCCGGUAACCGGGGGGGGAGCGGGACGGAGAGACGGACUCCGGGAGACGGUGGAUAAAUACCUCAGAGGGCCGUGCCGAGCCGUGCCGGGCCGCGGCGCCCCGGGCAGGGCCGGGCCGGGCCGGGCCGGGCGCGGCAGGAGGCGCGGAGCCGCGGCGGGACCUGCCGGCCCGCGGCCGCGCUCGGAGUGCGGCAGCGACGUGGGGCGAUGCCCGGGUCUUUCACCACGAAACUUGCGAAAAAGGGAAAAAAAGCUAAAUAUUUUUUGUUUUCUUCUCUCCCCUUAAAUUAUUUUUGUAAUGGUAGUUUUCGUCUUUUCUACAUUUUACUCAUACCGAUGCAGCUAUGGUACAUCUGUUAAAAUGAUCCAAAAUCCCAUGUAUUUAGACAGUAGAAUGGAAACAAAAAAAAAAAAAAAAAAAGACUGAGCAUGCUCAACCUUUUAUAUCAGUUUUUACAGCAUUUCUAAGAAUAAAGAAAAGCAUUUUAAAUCAACCCUGCUCUCGUUUGCUCUGUGUCGCGACAGCAGCGGGCUGGCGGCGGGGAAAGCAGCGCUGCCCGGGACGGGGCUGAACACGGGUGGGGAACACGGCGAGGGGGGCCCAGGGGCCGGGAGGGGAGGUGAGGGCAAGCGAGGGGCCCUGCGUUACUUCCCAAAGAUCCAGUGAGCGAUGCAGGGGUGGGAAAAACCGUGAGACCCCUCGGCCGCGGUGGUUGCAAAAUCUGCUCCCCCCGGAGCCGCAUCGCUGAGCCGGAGUGCUGAGUCAGGGGUUGCCGUGGCGCUGGUGGGACCGAGCAGCUGCACAGCGAGAGAGACUGCUCUGUGACCAGGACUGCCAGAUGCCGUAUCCCAUAUACAAAAAAAAAAAAAAAAAAAAACAACAAAAAAACCCACGUGCGUAGGACUCCAAGAACACCAUUAAAAGAAUCUCUAAAUGAAUUAAAAGAGUGUUUAACCACUAGCUAAAAUUCCUGUUAAAAAAACUUCUAAAGGGUUUCCAUUCCCGGUGAUGCAAAGUUGCACCUAC